AUGAAGUUGGCGAUGGCGAGGCCACGUCACUUUGUGUUGUGGGUCCUCUUGUUCGCCGUCGUGCUUCUCCUGGUCGCCUUCUCCACCCAUCUGCACGGACCCUUCUUCCCGCCCGGCCCCCGCCCGAUAGCUCUAACUCCGACACUCAGCGAGCGCGCCUGGGCGGCCCCAGUGACGACCAAGCUCGAUCCGUUCCGCGUGCCCUGGGGCACCUUCGUCUCGCAGCCGUCGGGGCGGCGCGUGCACGGCGUGGCGUCGAUUGUGCGCGCCAGCGGGGCCGACGCGCGCGCGCGCGUGGGCGCGUGGAUCACCAAGAAGUUCACGUGGACCGACGACGACGAGCUCUGGCUGCUGUGGACGCUCGACGUGGUGGGCGUCGACCACGUCGUGCUCCACCUGGCCACGCGCCAGCUGAGCCUCGAGUCCAUGCGGCAGAGGCUGGCGCGGCACCCGGGCGUGCUGGAGCGGGUCACGCUGGUGGGGGUCGACGCGCCGGGCCGCGGCGAUCGGGUGACGUACUGCUACCUGCAGGAGCUGCUCGUGUGGGAUGGGUUCGUGCGGUGGCAGGCCGACUUCGACUUCGUGUUGCUGGUCGACACCGACGAGUUCGUGCAGCUGUUCGAGCGCGAGGCGCCGCACAGGCGGAUCGACGCCAAGACCUUCAUCGCGCGCCAUCGCGAGCGGCUGCAGACCGGCGGCCACGCCUACAUGAACCGGCUGCGGGUCGGUCGCACGCGCGAGAACAGCGCGGUCGAGGCCCAGCUGCCGGCGUUUCUUAACGGCAUGGUCUCCCAGAACGGCGCGCAGAUCCAGGAGCUGGCGGCUGCGGGCGGUGGCGGGCGGGAGGAUCAGGGGAAGAGCCUGUUCUUCGCGAACGGGGCGGUGCAGCCUUACCUGCACUGGAGCGUGGGCUACCCGAAGGACAAGUGGGCAGUCGAAGAAGCGCACAUCCUCCACGUGCGCAAGUUCCCCUACCGGAUCCCCGGUACACUGACCUGGUGGCUGCCACACCUGGGGGGCAAGGAAAAAUAA